UUGCAACUGCCCCCCCCAGGUGUUCCAGAAGGCGCCAUGCUGGGCACCACGCUGUGCCCACUGCUGUUGGCCAUGCUUGGGAGAGUGCUGGCAUCAGGACCUGAUUCUCAAAGUUCAUCUGUACAAAUCAUAGUUCCAGAGAAAAUUGAAGAGAGUACAAGUUCAGAAGAAAAGAUAUCCUACAUUAUUCCAAUAAAUAAGAAGCCAUAUAUUGUGCACCUCCAGAAAAGUUAUUUUUUAGCAGACCGUUUUAUGGUUUAUUCGUAUAACAAAGGAUCUGUGAGUUCUCGAUCUGCAGGCAUCCCGAGUCAAUGCUACUAUCAAGGAUACGUCAAAGGCUAUCUGAACUCUGUUGUCACACUCAGCACAUGCUCUGGACUGAGAGGAAUCCUGCAAUUUGAAAAUGUGUCUUAUGGAAUCGAGCCUCUGGAGUCUACAAUUACAUUACAACACAUUAUUUAUAAAUUAGGGAAAGUAGAGGAUGAGUUAACAGUUUUUAAUAAAAAUAGUAGAAACAUAGAGAUGCCGACGAACUAUGGCAUUCUUAUCAAUGAAAAGCCAGAAUCACCUUUAAAACAGUCCUUUCCUCUCUAUCUAGAGAUGAGUAUUGUGGUGGACAAAGCCUUGUAUGAUUACUUGGGCUCUGACAGCAUGAUUGUAACAAAUAAAAUCAUUGAAAUUAUCAGUCUUAUAAAUUCAGUGUUUUCCCAACUUAAGGUUACUAUUGUGUUGUCCUCGUUGGAGUUGUGGUCAGAUAAAAAUAGGAUCCCUACAGUUGGUGAAGCAGAUGAAUUACUACGUCAAUUUUUAGAAUGGAAGCAAUCUUAUCUUACCCUAAGGCCUCAUGAUGUUGCAUAUUUAUUCAUUUAUAACGAAUACCCAAAUUACGUGGGAGCCACGUAUCCUGGAAAGAUGUGUACCGCUGGCUACUCUGCAGGAAUCACAAUGUACCCCAAGGACAUGACUUUGGAGGCCUUUUCAGUUGUUGUCACCCAGAUGCUGGGGCUCAGUCUGGGAAUAUCAUAUGAUGACCCAACGAAAUGUCACUGCUCAGAAGCUACUUGCAUCAUGAAUCCAAGAGCUAUGCAAUCUACAGGUAUGAAGGUGUUUAGUAAUUGCAGCUUGAAUGACUUUGAACAUUUUAAAUCUAAUGUGGGUGCCAAAUGCCUUCAGAAUAAGCCACAAAUGCAAACUCAGCCACAAGCUGUCUGUGGGAAUGGCAAAGUAGAAGGAGACGAAAGCUGUGAUUGUGGCUCUGUGCAACAAUGUGGCCCCGAGAGCUGUUGUGAACCUACGACUUGUGUUCUGAAACCAGGAAAGCAUUGUGACAGCGAUUCUCCCUCACAAACCUGCUGCCAAUCUUGUGAGUUUUUACCAGCAGAGCAUGUAUGUAGACCCCCAAAACAUACAAAAUGUGAUAUACCUGAAGUGUGCAAUGGGAGCUCAGGAUUAUGUCCAUCUGAUUUAAAAGUACUUGAUGGGCUCGUCUGCAGAGACGGUGGGUCUAUCUGUUAUAAUGGAGACUGUCCUGACAUGAAUAAGCGCUGUGAGACAAUAUAUGGAAAAGGUUCACGGAAUGCUCCAUUUUCCUGCUAUGAAGAAAUUCAGAGUCAAACUGAUAGGUUUGGCAAUUGUGGUAAAGACAAUCAAAACAGAUAUAUAUUCUGCGGAUGGAGGAAUCUCAUAUGUGGGAGAUUAAUUUGUACUUACCCCAGCCCAACUCCCUAUAACCCACCUAAUAACAGCACCGCCUCUGUGAUUUAUGCUUUUGUACGGAACAAAGUAUGCAUCAGUGUAGACUAUGGAUCCAAUGUCAAAGAUGACCCACUCAAGGUCAUUAGUGGCUCUAUAUGUGACCAAGAUAGGAUUUGUUUAAAUAACAUAUGUGUAGAAUCAAGACAUUUAAAGAGUCGGUACAACGAGUGUGUGAGCAAGUGUAGCGGAGCAAAAGCCGUAUGCAACUCGCUCAGCCAAUGUCAUUGUAUGGACUGUAACACGAAAAGCCGAUCUGCCCUAUGGCCUCACAGUAAAGAUCUGAACAUGCAAGGACUUCCUAAGAAAACAGAGAAGUGGUUUCUAAGUUUGUACAUUGCCUUAAUUCUUCUCACCUCAACAUUACUAGUAGCGGCUGUGUGGAAAGGCUUGAAACGGUGGCUUUUCAAGGAAGAGGAAUUCCUGAGUAGCGAAACCAAAUCAGAAGGCAACACACACACCUACAGCAAGUCUGCAUCAGAAUAUAGUACUCAACCACAAACCAUCAGAUCAAAAUCCCAGACAAGUAGUGCAACACCUGCCAACAGUUACUAACAACCCCUUCCGGAGGAGGAGAAUAGCACCCAGGGACUCACUAAGAAAUGAAGAGUCCACGUUCUUCCCUUGGUCACAGCUAAAACAGCUAAUAAACCAAAUGUGGACUAAU